GACAACUUCCUUACACCCCACAGUCGGCAGCCAUCGAAUUUUUCCAUCUCGUUCAGCUGAUAAGUUUUCUCAUUUUGCGUCAGUAAAGUCCCUUUGUCUAGGAAAGAAAACUGCAAAAUUUGUUUGCAAAAAAAACUCUAAAGUGUAUUAAAUUGUUAUUUGGCGUUAGUGCAGUGUUCGAGGCGUUUGUUACGAUUAAAAUUGGAGCCUUCGCGUUUUGAUAAGUCGUGAUUUUGAACGUUGUCUUGCGAAUCCUUAAGUGGCAGGAAGAAAAUUUUAUUCCCCUCAAGCACCAACCCAGCUCUAAGUGAAAAACCACAGCCCGGUCGGACAAAAAAAAAGCGAGCAAUCGCCCAAAUUUCCUGCGCCUCGUUUUCCUAAAUUUGUCAAAAUUUGCGUCGUAAAGAUGGAUCUGUUGAAGAAGAUGAUGGGCCUUGAUGGUCACAAGGACGACGACGAGGGUGAUAAGAGAAAGAAGAAACCGAUGCUUAAGGACGAAUUUCGCAAGCCUGUUUGGGUCGAGGAAUACGACAGUGACGAUGAUCUGUUCGACAACCAGAAGAUCAUGGGAGUUCAAGUGUUUACCAAUCCGCUGGAAAUGCAAAAACAUUUUGAGCACCAAAUUGCGGAGAUGAUGAAAAGCCUGGAAGAGUAUGAUGAUACCUUCAAGGCUUUCGACCGCGAUAUCAAACAAGAUUUCCUGAAGCCUGGCUUUGAGAACGAGAUUAAGAAGGAUCUCAAUAAGGAAAAGUUGUUGGAUACUGACUUGGAUGGAGAAAUUUAUCCGGAUCAAUUACACACCUUGCUUCAACGGAUUUCUCCUGAUUUGAAGGAGCUUUUGCCUAAACGUCGCGCGGUUGAAAUUCCCUCAGCGGAUGCCGACCAAGAUGGCAAGGCUCGGAUGGAGCGAAAGGUGAAACUAACUGACGAACAAAAAAUAUUGGACUUGAUUCAUGGAUUUAAGCAAUCGGACGACAUGCCUUCGACUUCAAAUAGACCCCGCAUGUCACGUAAGACGUCACCGCAACGUUUCCACGACGGUAUUUUUGAGGGUACCUUCCAAGGACCGCGUAUGUUUGGACAAAGCAUCAUUUCGCAAACCAUACGUAAACCGGAUGGGACUUACGAAACCCGUAAAACCGUACGCGACUCCGAGGGUCACACUAAAACAACUAUAACUCGUUCGACCCAGGAUGGAAAGCAAGAGACCAUAACAACUUACGGGGACGAUGGAGGGCCGACAUCUAAAUCAUUCAUAGAAAAACAAACAGAGUCUCCGUUGGUUAACGACAACUCUCUCGCUAGUACUCUCCUGAACCUUAACAUUGGGGGUCGUAAGCACCUUUUCUCCCAGAAUGGUUAUGUUUUACCCAAGAACCUGUGGUGACUUCAAGCGCAGACCAGCCGUAAUGAGCUAACUACAGUUAUAGUAGAUCAUCGGUACAAUUUCCAUUACUCUUUUCACAAAAAUAACUUCCGCUCUGCCGUUGGAACGUCAUACGUAAUUGUUCCAACAAUAUUGUCAUUGUUCAGUGAGCCAAAUAUGUGUGUAGACUUAGUAGAAAAUGUCAUUUCGACUAGCAAACUUGAUAACUCUUACAAAUCUUACCCUCAGAACAAUAUAAAUCACUUUCCUAUCAAUGGUCAUGCCAUUGAUAACUACUCCGAGCUAUAUCUGAUUAUGGUGUUGCAGAACAAGCUAAGCGCCCAGACAGUCGAAUUCGAAUAUCGUCCUGUUUAUCUUUAUUCAAUAGUACGUAACAUACUUUUAGUUUUAGUAAUCUUUAGUUUAAGUAGUGUUCAACAGCUCUUAGUUUUUGUUGCCAGCGAAGAAGCUGUUCAUCAACGAUUGUCAGUCAUCAGUAUUAAUGGCAACCGGAGGUACUCCCACGUAGGCAGACAGUUAUGAAAACAGGUUCCCCAACUUGUUAACGACAGCUGUUACUGCUGCUGCUAUAGCUACUGGUGUUUCCGAUCUGUGCACUCUUCUUCUCUGGCCAGAAGACGUUUGUGUUUGUGAUAUACAUUUAAAUUAGAAAGUUAUCGAUGCGUCCUAUCGAAUAAGUUUGCAAUUAGUACUACUAAUGUUAAUUUCAGCUGAUUGAGGUUGAUCCAACAUCCUUGCGCGACAUCACCCUAGGGACGGGAAUGUCUUUUUACUGGAACAUUAUCCACCAAAAUGAUCACCAAGCGUAAGUGAUGAAAGGGUUCUAACAAGAGGCAAGAGACUAAAUUUUGAGUGAACGUAUAAACAACAGAAUCGAUGAAGCAAAUCCCCACGAGUUUGGAAUGCGGAAAUUGAAGUGUCGCGUGCAACCUUUUAGGUAGAUGUUUUUUGAGACCAGGAAAAAAAAACAGAUGAUUAUAUAUUUUUACUGUGUAAGAAUUUUUUACUAACUUGAAGAUAGGUUUUUAUUUGAAAAAAAAAACAGGAGAGAAAGAAUGCGGAACUGAAUCGAAAUCAGACAAAGGCUCUACAUAUUCUAUUUCACACAAAUGUAAAAUGCAAAACUUUAUAAGCAAACACAACAUAACAAUAUCUGUCCGUUUAGCUUUCCUUAUAAGAAAUGGAAAAACCGAUUUACAAAAAUACACAAUAUUCCCCCUUAGAAUGAAA